UUCACCACAACGGAAUACUGCGAUAUUCCUCUGGAAGGAGAAUGCUUUGAGUUGCGCUCGUCACGGGGGUCCACAUAGAGGAUGAGAAAUUGAACUGACGUAAUGGAUAUGCCAAGGGACCCUACCUGUCUUAGCUCAGGUCUUUCGUUUAGAUAGGCUACCACCUGAUGUUCAUCUGGGCCUCGUUACUUAAAACGUAAACAAUAAAAUGUCUUAUUUUAUCACUUCGUUAUACUCAAAAUGCAGUGAAUACUUGCACCCCAGUGUCGAGUAUCCUUUGGAGCAAGACUUGGAACGUGCAACAUUGCAUGGAUACAACGACGAUGUUAUCCAGCACCCAGUGCAGCUACCGGAGUUCAAUCAUGGUCCUUCGCUCACUCAAACAAUCAACCACGAAAAUUCAACCUCCUUACACGUUGGAACGAUGGGAAACUUAUAUCAUGCGCACUUCUCGGCUCAAAAAGAACAUUUUUACGGAUCUCAUGAUAGGGAUUUUGUCCAAUAUAACAGCUGUAGUUUAAAAGCACCGGGUGUUGGAAAGACAGAUGAUUCCUCCGAACAGCGCUGCCAUUCACUGGACCACUUUCCCUGGUUGAAACAGCAAGCCACAGGACAGAGGAGAGGAAGACAGAUUUAUAGUCGCUUCCAAACCCUGGAACUUGAGAAGGAAUUUCUGUUCAACCCUUACUUGACCCGCAAGCGCAGGGUUGAGGUGUCUCACGCAGUUGCCCUCACUGAGCGACAGAUUAAAAACUGGUUUCAGAACAGACGCAUGAAAUGGAAGAAGGAUAACAACAAGGACAAGUUCCCAAGCAGCAGGGCGCUGCAGGAGGAAAUGGAGAAUAAGGACAAACAAGACGAAAAGGUUAACACUUCUGUUGGGAAAGUAAAAGAUACAAUGGGAUUGAUUCAUUUUUGA